AUGCCUGAAUACACUAAAGACGCUGGCGGGCAUGUCCCGGUGUCGAUCUUGGCGAAAAGCGACGGCUCUACGCGGGAAAUCACAUCUUACAAGGGAAGCCACGGAAAUUCGGAAAAUGACGACGGGAAUUCUCCCAGCUACCGCCCUAUGGAUGAAGUUACAUACGUGAAUCCACACAAAUUGAAAAUUGUUACGUCGGCCCGAAACAAGGAUACUCGCGGGCCACACGCGUAUAAUUUAGAUUCUAUCGAUGGAGACGAAACUUCAGGACCUCCCACCGGUUCAUCAUUCAGUGGACUAAAAAGUCCCACGAGUGCACUUGGAACUGCUGUUUCGUUUACUAUGUCUAAUAUCACCGACAAAAUCUCCCAUAGGGGCUCUAUUUCGGCGAGGCCGUCAUCGGUGGCUCUCACCACGCAAUCUAGCAACAACAAUGUUGCGAGUGCAAAGAGUGCAGAAGAACGUCAAAACUCACUUACAGGAGAUUCAUUUGACGGCAGCGCUACCCCCUCUCGUCAAAAUUCUGUGCAUAUGCCCGGGGAGUUCAUCUUUAUGGAGCCUCGGGUCCAAUAUACUCCACAAUCUGCGUCCCCGUCCGGCAACUCGAGUUCAAGCCGGAAGCAACCACACCACAUCAACAAAGCUUUGAUUGACUCUCAGAUUGGCCCUCAACUGCCGUUCACCGAAUUUUUUCAAAAACAGGAUGACAAAAAGAUUCACAUUUUAAUUGGUGCCACUGGGUCCGUGGCUACCAUAAAAGUUCCUGUAAUCAUCGACAAACUCUAUAAGACAUACGGUCCUGACAAGGUUUCGAUCCAGCUAGUUGUUACCAAGCCCGCUCAACAUUUUCUCCGUGGGCUUAAGAUAUCCACAGACGUAAAAAUAUGGCGAGAUGAAGACGAAUGGUGCGGUUUUAAGCGUAUGGGAGAUCCGGUGCUUCAUACUGAACUCAGAAGGUGGGCAGACAUCUGUCUCAUUGCUCCUUUGUCGGCGAAUACUCUGGCGAAGUUAGCUUAUGGGAUUUGUGAUAACUUGCUCACGUCUCUCUUACGUAGCUGGACUCCUUCCACUCCCGUACUCGUUGCUCCUGCCAUGAAUACAUUCAUGUAUACACACCCGGUCACCAAGAAACAUUUGAACAUGUUACAGGAAGAAUCUCCUUACAUCACAAUUCUGAAACCUGUGGAAAAAGUACUUAUUUGUGGAGACAUCGGUAUGGGCGGUAUGCGAGACUGGCACGAUAUUGUAGAUAUUUUGACUAGAAAACUAUCUGAGAUUAGGGGAGGAAUUGGAGCAGAUGCAGCAGAUGAUGAUGAUGAUGAUGACGAGGAAGAAGAAGGCGAUACGAACCUGCCGGACGAAACUGACUCUGAUGAUAGUGGCAUUGAAGAUGAAGAUGACGGCGAAGAUGACAACGAAAAGGAUGAAGCGUCUCAAAGUGUUCACAAUUACCAACUGGGAACUCAGUUCACCAGCGAUAAUUACCAAGAAGAUCUGCGAAGUGGUUUUUAA